AUGGACAAAAGUGUCUCCUACGUAAGCAAAAACGGUGGACUGUUAUCUCAUCGAUUUGUUCUUUUUUCUUCUUCUUGUCUCGUACAUCUGUCAUUCCAUACUGUAUACUUGUGUAAUAUUUCCUUUCUCUGCUCAGUUACAUAUCACAUAUCUACCUUAUCGACGAAGGCUGAAAUUUCUAUUCCAAUUUUUCUGCAUUGCCUUUUACAAACUGAUCAAUGUAGAGCAAAUUGCUUGGUAGAAGAGCAUUUAGUAAGCUCAACAAGUAAUAAAUCCGUCGUUUUACAAG